CAAAAAUGUCGACCAAAAAGAAUAUUUAUUGUUUAGUAUUCUGGAAAGAAGAAAAAUCAUUUAGUGUAAUCGAAGAACAAAAAGAAUUAGUAAAUAUUGGUGAAGGAAAGGAAACCGACCUUGUUGUAAAAGGAACGUCAUAUAAAAUUAUACUAUUAGCAAGAAGUGAAAAUAAAAACCAACUGAAGAAGAUGGAAGUUUCUAGAGAGGGGAAAAUAUUGAACAAGGAAAGUUUAUCAAGAAAUGUUUCCAAACGAAAUGUCAACUCAGAUGAGACAAAUAAAAAGAAGCGACGAAACGCUGUUGAAAAUGAAAUGAACAAUAAAAUUUUUCAAUUAGGUUCAUUUGCUGAUGUGGUAGAUGCAACCAAAAGCUCUAAGGAAAAGAACGAUAUGUCAAAAAAAACUGGAAUAGGACAACUGGAUAAUAAAAAGGAAUAUAUUAUACCACAAAAUUUCGGCAGCGAAAAUUCAGAAGAUCAACAAAUUACGUCAAUCCUGGAUAAACGAGUGUCAAAAGUUUCCCAGCCUAAAAUACCGAAAAACAAUAAGUCAAAAAGGGAAGAUAAAAAACUUUUAAACACCAUCCCACACGAUUCUUACAUGGAAGAUUCACAUGCGAAGACAGUCCUGGCCAAAGAGAGACGCUUGCCUGAACAAUCCAAACCUAAAUUUCUAAAUGACGAUAAGUCCAAAAAAACUGAAAAAGGAGUAUUAAGCAGUAAAAAAAAUUACGAUUGCGCAAAGAAAGAACAACGAACUGAUUUAACCCUGGAUAAACGAGUGACUAAAGUUUCCCAUCCUAAAAUAUUGAAAGAAGGUAAGCCAAAAAUUACUGAGAUGAUAACUUUAGCCCCAGAUAAACGAGUUCAUAAAAAUUUCCAACAUCAAAUAGCAAAAGGUAUUAAGUCAAUGGGAGAUGAAAACGCAACAUCCAAUAACGAUUUGGAUCCACACGAUUCUGACAAAGAAGUUUCAGGUGAUGAGACAAUCCUGGCCAAAGAGAAACGCUUGCCUGAACGAUCCAAACCUGAAAUCCUGAAUAAUAACGGUUUCAACAAUUAAAAACAAUUUAUCUAUUUCUUGGUCUCUCCUUCAGAUACUCAUUUUCUAUUCAAUUCAUUCAUUAUCUUUCAUUGGUUCAUUCUUCUUCUUACU